CUCCUUAAUAAUUAUCCCAACAUUGGAUUGUGCUGCGUCCUCUCUGUCCUCCCUUGACACGGUCGCUGCAUAAACGGGCAAUACAGCGGUUCCCCAGAAAUCAAAAGGCUUCGAUCGAACUCGCCUCGGAUCCCCAGCACCGCCUCCCAAGAUGAGUGCCCUCGCGUCGAAACAGCAAUCGCUCAAGAUCUUCGAGAAGUUGAAGACGAAGCCGGCCAACAAGAUAUGCUUUGACUGCGGACAGAAGAAUCCCACAUGGACGUCGGUGCCUUUCGGCAUCUAUCUAUGUCUGGACUGCUCCUCCAAUCACCGUAACCUCGGUGUUCACAUCUCCUUUGUGCGAUCGACAAACCUGGAUCAGUGGCAAUGGGAUCAACUUCGAGUAAUGAAGGUCGGCGGCAACGAGUCUGCGACCAAGUUCUUCCAGCAGAACGGAGGUACCGCGGCAUUGAACAGCAAGGAUCCCAAGACCAAAUACCAAUCCAGCGCGGCCACCAAAUACAAGGAUGAGCUGAAGCGACGCGCCGCACGUGAUGCUCUGGAAUACCCCGAAGAAGUUAUUAUCGAUGCUGUUGAGGGAGAUGGUAGCUUCACCCCUGCUGGAGAGCCAGACGACGAUUUCUUCUCAUCUUGGGACAAGUCCACGAUCAAGAAGCCGACGCCCCCAAUCUCACGAAAUGCGACACCUCCGGUCGUUGGCCGCACCCCAUCACCAUUCCUUACCGCCGGUAACAAGGAUGUCCCACGUGCUGCAUCGCCUUUAUCAAAGACCGACUCAACAGAGACGAAGCCUGCGGCUAGUCGAAUUACUACUUCUGCUACCCUGCGCAAAACGGCCACGGGUAGUGGCGCUAAGAAGACAAACAUUCUCGGUGCAAAGAAGGUGCAAAAGCUGGGCGUCAAGAAGGUCACUGGUGAUAUCAUCGAUUUCGACGAGGCAGAGAAGAAGGCCAAGGAGGAGGCAGAGCGUAUUGCCAAGCUUGGAUAUGACCCCGAAGCCGAAGAGGAACAAGCACCAAAGAGCAGCGCGGCUUCAUCUGCCGCCGCUAUUAUUUCCCCGACCCCCAUCAGCCCAGCUAGCAGCUCACACACACGGCAAAAGUCGAACGCUGAAAUGGAGCGAUUGGGUAUGGGCAUCGGCCGCCUUGGAUUUGGCCAGAUUGGUGGCGCCAAGGCCGCUGCUUCAGCUUCUUCAGCAAAGAAGAAUGCCGGUGGCUUCGGCUCUGUUGGGCCUGUAAAGGCAUCUGCUGCAGACGAGUCUGAGACGUUUGCUCGCAACAAGUUUGGCGCCCAGAAGGCUAUUUCCUCUGACGAGUACUUUGGCAAGGGCUCCUACGACCCCAAUGCUCAAGCCGAAGCCAAGACUCGACUUCAAGGCUUCGAGGGAGCCACCGCCAUCUCUUCAAAUGCCUACUUUGGACGAGAGGAGGAAGAAGAGGUUGAGGAUUAUGGUGAUCUCGAGUCAGCUGCCAAAGACUUUGUGCGCAAGUUUGGAAUCACGGCCGCUGAUGAUUUGGAAAACCUGUCCACCGUCAUCGGUGAGGGUGCUACCAAACUGCAGAGCGCCAUCCGUUCUUAUCUUGAUGGUUAAAAGUACUAUUUAGCGAUUUUCCCCCACUUGUAAGUAGUGGGCACGAAAGAGUCAACGACUUGCGAUUUUGGAUGGAAAAAAGUUCUUUAUUCCAAAGGGAUAACAUUCAUGCAGGUGAUGGGGGCGAAAUGUUAAUGGGCGGGAUUCACAAGGUGAUACGGAGUAUCAGAGAUGGUGUUGGCAGGGCGGACACUACCCGAGAUGGCGUAAAUUGAAAUGUCAUGAAUAGACGUGGAGUCUUUUGUUCUGCCUUUUUCUAGUUUGUAUUUAUUUUUAUGGCAGGCACAAAACAUUUUAAAAACGAACCCUCAUAUUCCUCUCCGUCUCUUGUGAAUAAAG